ACUUUAUUGGUUGAUUCUGUCAACCGUCUUUCUUCUAGGGUUUGCCUUCUCUUCUUCUACAAAGUGUGUUUUGCAGUGCUAAAUCAGGAAUUGAAGUUGAGAAGAACUGCUGAGUUGAUCGGCAGUUCGGUCAAAUGGGAUCUGGUUUAGAUUUUCUCAGUUACCUCGGUUAUGACAUGUCGGUGAAGAUUUUCACAUGUUUGGAUGAUCCGUCUGAUAUUGCUCGUGUUAGCUGUGUCUCCCGCUCUUGGCGAGAUUUUGUGAUAGCUAAUGGUCUUGCCAAGCAUCUGUGCUUGAGGAAGUUUCCUCAGUUAUCUAGAGUUGAUCAUGUGGUUGAGCCAGCCUCCAUGGCGAAAAGCCUUUUGGCAGUUGGAUCUAGUAACAUAGAAUGGGAAACUUUGAAGAAGGAGCACAGAACUUUUGCCUUUUUGGGUCGAGGUUUUAUGUCAUUUCCUGAAGAAGAGAAGUGCAUCUCAGAAGCCAUCAUUGCUUCCAGUACUGAUCAUUUUCCACAGGAAAGAAUAGAUAAUACUCUGGAGAAGAAUGAUACGGUGGGAGGGAGAGCUUCAUACUGGUCAAGUAAAGGAUACAGUAAUCCUGCAGUCCCUGAAACACUAACUUACAAAUUGGUGGCUGAUUUGUGUGUUGUUACUGAAAUCAGAAUAAAACCUUUCAGAGCUUAUUUCCAGUGGGGCCUCCCAAUAUAUUCUGCAAAAUCUGUUCGAUUCCGAAUGGGUCAUCUCAAAACCUACAUUGAUGAUCUUAUGGAUGAGUCAUGCCUGAAUUCUGUUGGUAACAAGUUUGUAUGGACUUACACUUCACAAGAGUUUCCAAUGGCUCAAGAAGAUUGUUUGCAGAGCUUUAAGCUUCCAGAACCUGUUCUUUGCAUUGGUGGAAUAUUGCAGAUUGAGCUGCAGGGUAGAGUCCAAACACAACAAAUGGAUGGUUUAUUCUACAUAUGUGUGGCACACGUUCAGGUUGUUGGACGCCCAUUAUCUCCAGCUUUUGGAGUUGAAAUCCUCGAGCCCUCAGAAAAUUUUGUGUUGAAGGCUUUCAGUUACACGCAACCACAGCCAGAGCCUCGGGAAACCAGCCAAGAAGCAGAGAGAUUGCGUAGACGAUUACUAAGCAUUCAACAGAUUUUGAAUAUACUGCGGGGUAAUGUAGUUGACCUUGUGGAACAUGAAUGGGAGGAUGAAGAUGGUGAUGAGGAAUCAGAUGAAGAGCUUUUGUAAUCCCAUCUUAUAAAAUAAACUUGCCUUAAGAUCUUGUCUUUGGCUUUAAUGCUAGCAUUGCCUAAAUAUUUAGGCAGUACCAUCGCAAACAUGAAACUACCAUUUGAGCAUUCUUCUAGGCAGUGAUAUGCGGGAUGUACUUUUAUCUUUUCCUGUAUAUGACUUUGGGGUUUGGAGUAGACUUAAUAGAAGCUUCCUGGUUCAUACCAUUAAUAAUUUUGAUCUUUGAAC